AACGAAAACCACAGAGCUAAGUAUCAAAAUCCGUUGACCCCGAGUGACAAAAAAUCUCACUUGUAAAUCCCCGUUUCGUUUCGUCUAUAAAUUGGCACAAAUAUCGAUACGUUGUCGAAAGCAACCAAACAGAGCUCGCUCUUCUUUGUAUCUCUAAUUCCCCUCGCUCACGGCAGGGUCGGGGUUUUGUAUAAUAAAUCAACCUAUACACACAACAUACUUACACAUACAUUACCCCCACCCCCGCCACUUUAUUCUUAACAAAGCAAGAGAUCUAUUUAUUUUUAAUUUUUAGGGUUUGGUUCGACUCAAUUCGAUCUCGUCUCUCUCAUUCUUUACCUGGUCGAGGCUGAUUAAGCAACUGAAAUUAAUGGCGUCUAGAACAAUAAGGAGAAGGCUCCACCAUAGGGAUGUUGAUGGGAAAAAGCAUGAACAUUUUGUGUCAUCUGAGGCGGAUGGCUUGAAUGAACCUUUACUUGGGAGAAAUGACUAUGAAGAUAAGCCCCUGGAGGGUGAAACACUUUCAGAUAUCUUGGAUGAGGAAAAAAGAAAAGAACAGUUGCAUUGGAUGUUUAUUUUCUCAAACCUAAUUGCACAAUGGGCACAAUGGUUAUCGAAUUUGCUGCUUAGUUCAGGAUCACUUAUUGGGCGUUUUCUGCCUUUCGCUUCUGGCACUUUAAGUGGAUCAGCCAAUAGAGCUCUUCUGCAUCCAUUAAGUCCCUUGCAGGAAGCAAGACUCGCUAAUCUAAAGCAAAGACUGGAAGUCCCUUUUGAUGGUUCUUGUGUGGAGCAUCAGGAUGCUCUGAAACAGUUGUGGAGACUAGCUUAUCCAGAAAGGGUACUCCCAGCUCUUAAAUCUGAGCUCUGGAAAGACAUGGGAUGGCAAGGACCUGAUCCUUCUACAGACUUCAGGGGUGGAGGAUUAAUAUCACUGGAGAAUCUUAUUUUCUUUGCCAAGAUGUAUCCGGAGGCAUUCCAGAAUUUGCUUCACAAAAGUGAUGGAAAAAGAGCUGAAUGGGAGUAUCCAUUUGCUGUCGCUGGCAUUAAUAUCUCUUUCAUGCUGAUUCAAAUGUUGGAUCUUCAGUCAGGAAAACCAACAUCGUUGGCGGGAUUACGCUUCUUAGAUUUGCUAAGUGAAGAUGAAAUGGCAUUUGAUAAUCUGUAUUGUGUGGCCUUCCAAAUGCUGGACGCUCAGUGGCUUGCCAAACGAGCAUCGUAUAUGCAAUUCAAUGAGGUUCUGAAGUCUACAAGGGCACAGCUAGAGCGUGAGCUUGCACUUGAAGAUACUUACAGUGUGAAAGACCUACCAGCAUACAAUAUGUUGAAAAAGCAGUCAUCAUAAAAAAAGUAUAUAAUUUGUAUGUUGCUGGUAUCACAGCUGUAAUUGUAACUGAAAGCAAAUUUUUCUCAAGGGGUAUAUAUCAAAUUGUCAAUUUUAUUUGAAAAAAUUGUGCAAGUUGAUCAA